AUGGCGAACCCUGUGGCUGGGAACUACCAGCAACUUCUGCUGAGUGGUGCAGAUAACGGCCGCCUCAAGGUGCAAGAACAGAGAGCAGUGGCCUCAUCUGCUCCCCCAAGUCAAGGUCACCCUCGGAAAGACAACGAGCGCACAUCCUUUGGCUUCGCCUUCACGGCACCGCGCCUACCUCCGACAUCACAGCCGGCAGCGAUCAUCCCUCCUGGAUGGAGUACUCGCAAGAGCGCUACGAUAGUACUCAAGCCCAUACCUGUAGACGCAACUCCUUGGGACAUCACACAAUGCCUUGAAAGAUUCGGCAGGAUUGUCUGGGUCGAGCUUGACGAUGCCACAAGGGGCGGUCUCCGGUCUGGGAAGAUCCGCUUCGAGUCACCGCCGACGGAUACGAGCUUCUUUCAACAAGGGCUAUGUAGACUCUACCUACGUGGGUCUGUGUCGUGGCCCUUCGUCGAGUUCCCAAAGCAGUCGUUAUCGUUUGACGAGGCAUUAGUGACAACGCCCCUCGGCAACGUAUGCCCUGCUAUGCUGGUCUUUGACCCUGAAAUACUCACAUUUGGUCUCAUGACGCAACCCACGACGUUCAUGCGCAAGAAAGAAGUUCUCAAACUGGGUCGUGAUUUCGAGUUGAAAUUCAUGGCCGAUUUCAGAAGGAGGAAGCUGAUGAUCCAUUUCCCUCUUCUCGUCCACCGCGAGCGUCAGUUGUACCGUUUCGACAUCAAGUUCGGCAUAAUCAGAAGCAUUCACCUGACGACCAUUCGCGAAGGGCGCUCAGCCCUCAUCAUUUGCCUUGAUGACGCUCCGUUGGUUCGCAAGAAACAAAUGGAGGUGGACGGAGAUGCCUGGACCAACCGACUUGUCUGGGGAGAAGAUGAGCUCUGGAAUUGGGCCUGUCUCGACGACGAGCCCACCCUGAUCGACCUUGGCCGUUGGAUGACUUACUGGAUCGAUCUGGGCGAAUCCGGGCAGGAGCAGUGGUGUUCCAUUCAAGGACACCUUCGCGAUUGGAACAUCACGACGAGGGUUGAUGCCAACCUCACACAGAUUGCUGGCAAGAACCCAGAACUUUGGGACAUGCUCGCUGAUCCCAGUUUCGGGCUGCGGACUACUGGAGCAAGCUGUUCAUGGAACGACGACUUAGCUUUCCUCCUGCCAACACAAUACAUAUCCCUACCGUACGACGUCCGAUAUCAGCUAGAAGUCUGCAUCUCACAUGGGAUUCUCUCCGAGUACAACAUUGGCCGCGAGUUCCUCGACAAGCUGCUUGAGGUCUCGAAGCCUAGCGGCCUCAAUGCUAAUAGAGCGCGGCUCGUCCUCGAGUACGCUGCGGAUCAAGGCAAGCCGAUCUAUGACCCCAUGAAACUGUUCAAGGAUCGCGGCGCGUUGACGUAUUAUCCGACAACAAUGCAUAUACCUGACUACUGCGCCUUGGUCCGUCAAGUCACUAUCACUCCCACCAGGAUUUACUUCAACACGCCGACCGUUGAGACGACCAACCGUGUCAUUCGCCGUUACAAGCACAUCGGCGACCACUUCAUUCGAGUUCAGUUUAUCGAUGAGCUACGAGACGGGAGGAUCAGAGCCUGCGAAGUUGACAGAGACGACGAGCUCUAUACCCGAGUCUACAGAGUCAUGAUGCAGGGGAUCCGUAUGGGAACGUGGCAUUGGAAGUUCCUUGCCUUUGGCAACUCGCAGAUCCGUGAGAACAGCGCAUUCUUUUUUUGCGAGACCGAGUCUGUCACUUGCGACUCGAUACGACAGUGGAUGGCCAAGUUGAGUCACAUCUCCUCUGUCGCCAAGUACGCUGCUCGGCUGGGGCAGUGCUUCUCCACCACCCGCCUCUUACACUGCAUAUCUUCGCCCCGGAUUGUCAAGAUCGCUGACGUGGAGAAGAACGGCUUCUGCUUCACCGACGGUGUCGGCAAGAUCUCCACCUCUCUAGCUGGUCUCAUCGCAGAGGACUGGAAGGUUUUCCCACCGCCUUCAGCCUUCCAGUUCCGAAUGGGUGGCUGCAAGGGCGUACUGGUGACUUGGCCCCACGCCAAAGGUACUGAAAUCCACGUCCGACCGUCUCAGGAGAAGUUCUCUGCCGAGUACAACGGCUUGGAGAUCAUCAGGUGUUCGCGAUUCUCGUGCGCUACCUUGAAUCGACAGACUAUCCUUAUCCUAUCUUGUUUGGGUGUCCCCGCUGAAAUCUUCACCGACAUGAUGCGGCUAUUCGAUGAGAACAUGACCACGAUUGCCAUCGCCACUAUGCUUUGGAGGUCUUGGUCGAUCAAAGCCCUCAAGGAAAAAGCGAGGCUUCUUGUGAAUCAGGGCGCUUUUGUCCUCGGCUGUGUUGCCGAGACUGGUACUUUGCGAGGUCAUUCCAAGGCGACCGAAGGACAUAUGAAGAUCUCGCGGGACCAGCUGCCUCAAAUAUUCCUGCAGGUCCCUGAUCCGAAGGAUCGAAGUGUCUACAGGGUUAUCACCGGCCUCUGCGUUGUUGGACGGAAUCCUUCGCUUCAUCCCGGGGACAUCCGCGUGGUCGAGGCUGUGGACGUUCCCAGGCUGCGGCACCUUCGGGACGUCGUGGUCUUUCCCUUAAAGGGCGACAGGGACAUACCAAGCAUGUGCUCAGGCGGCGACCUGGACGGUGAUGACUUCGUCAUUUGGGACCCAAAGCUUCUCCCGGCCGAAUGGAAUCAUCAACCAAUGAACUAUAGCGCCCCAAAGCCGUUGACCGAAUCAAGAGCAUCGACGGCCAAGAGCUUAGCAUCCUUCUUCGUUCUGUUUAUGAAGAACGACAGGUUGCCCCUGAUAGCACAUGCCCAUCUUGCCACAGCGGACUACGAGGUUGAGGGCGCGAAGCACAGAAGAUGUCUUCAACUCGCCGAACUGCACUCAACCGCGGUGGAUUACGUCAAAACAGGUGUCGCUGCUCAGUGGAACAAGAAGUUGGAUCCGCGCAACAAUUCCUACCGCUCCACCGGCAUACUUGGAAAGCUCUACGACAUGGCCGACAAGACGGUGUUUGACAACCGCGAAAACUACACGUUGCCAUUUGACGACUGCAUCCUCAAGCGAUACCAGCCGGAUCAGACGAUGCUAAAGGAGGCAAGAAAGCUGAAGACGCAAUACGACAUCGCCAUACGCAGGGUCAUGGGCAGCUCGAAAUCCGGACCGAGUUUGAAGUUCGGAACCGACUACAAGGUCCAGGAAAAGGUUGGGCGCGAGGCAGCCGGCUUGAGGAAGCAGUUCCGUGACCUGUGUCUGAAGGUUGCGGAGGAGCAGAACUUUGAAAGGCUGAAGUUCCUCGCUGCCAUGUACAGAGUCACCUGGGAGGAGACUCGGAUCGCACUUUACGAGGCCCGUCAGCGGCACAUACUUCCUGACGAGAAGGUGGGCAAGAGCCGUGUGACAGGGCGUUCGAUGCCUUUGAUCAGCUUUCCCUGGCUGUUUCCCGAUGACCUUGGCCGCAUUGCCCUUGGGGCCGAGAAGCUGUCUAGCGUUUCGGAGUUUGCAAUUGGAACUGAUCCACAGUCGGAGAAGCCCAGAGCUCAAGUAGGCAAAGGACCGGCGCGGUUGGAGACGGAACUCGAUUUGGUGAGGAUGGAUUACACCAGAACCGGCGACGGCCAGUCCAUUCAUCGUGGCGAGAUUCUGCACCUAUUCCGCCACGACGAUGAGGUUGAAGGGAAAGAAGGCUUCUAUUACAACGACGAUUUUACCGCGAGCUUUGAUUCUCCUGGGGAUUCCGACGCCCCGCUUGAGACCGAGAGAUCCACCUCCAAGAACGACGCCACGGGCAACUUUCCGCUUCUGUUGGACCUGGGCACAGGAUUGGAUGAGGCCAUCUCAUCUGACUCAGAUGCCAUGCCACCUACCAGAGAGCCUGCCUUGAGAAACCAGGCGGUUCCGUCGGGCCUGACAACUCUUGACCUCCUUUCGUCGGAUACAGAUGGAACCAAUGCCUCUCCUUGUCUAACUCCGACAAAGGUUUCUCUUGCCCAACAGCACGGCUCCACCUCAGAAGCCGCUCAACUCAAUGGCGCUGCGAAGCAAUCAGCCGCCGCUCAGCAAGAGAUUGUUGGCCUGCCGGAUGGAGCCGAAUCUGUGGCAUCGAACACCAACGCGAGUUGGGAGCGAGUCACGACGCCAGGAUUAGAAGCAUUCUCGGCAGAGCUUGCGCCGGUGGAGUACAUCACCUUGCCGGCUCGGAGUGUGGGUUCUUGGGGAUUGAAACUCGGUGCGAGGCUCGGUGCGGCUGAGCUGUGGGACCACAUGACUGGCGUCGGGUCGAGUGCCUCCGCUGGGGAGAGUCAGAGGCAGAAUCUGGGUCAGAGUCAAUACCAGAGCCAGGAUCAGUCCCAGGCCGGUCCGGCGGCACCGCCCAGCGAUCUGUUUGCUCCCGAGAGCGAAGAUUCGGCUGAAUCGGAGGGCGAGAUUGAGUAUCGGGAGGAGGUCAUCGCGGUGGAGGGUGAGACGGCGAUGGAGCGGGCUGCGCGGUUUAGUUAA